UGGGCUUUGACCCCCUCCAACCCCCCUACAAGAGGCCUUUCCACGUGGGGAUGGGGAACUUCUCGCCCACCUUGUCCAGCGACAUGACUCCAUCCCUGGAUGAGAGCAUCGAGUCGGCCCCCCUCAGUGACCUGCUGUCUGAGGACGAGGCCUGGAGCUCCAGGGAGAGUAGGAAGAGAGACAACAACAGGGGCUGGAGCUCCGGGGAGACCAGAGCGAGAGACACCAACAGGUCUCUCGCCCUGCAUCCCACCACCACCACUACCAUGGCCCCCCACAUAGAGACACAGUGUAAACCUUUCAUCCAACAGCUACUGGAUGACAUCCAGCACCACGACAACCACCCGGACAUAUGGGGCAAGAUAGAGGGCUUUGUGAAAAAACUAGAUGAGUUUAUCUGCUGGCUGAGGGAAGCCCUGGAGACCACAGAGAACUGGACGCCACCCAAAGCUGAAAUGGACAGCCUCAAGCUCUACCUGGAGACACACCUGAGCUUCAAGUUGAACGUGGACAGUCACUGCUCCCUGAAAGACUGUGUAGUGGAGGAAGGCAGGCAGCUGCUGGAAAUCAUCCUCUACCACAGCCUGAGGGACAUGCUCCAGAUGGUCGUACACCAGUGGCAGCAACUCCAGAGGCAGAUCCGCCGCCAGCACAGCUGGAUGCUGCGGACUCUGGACGCCAUCAAAGCCCACAUCCUGGCCACUGAGGCCGAGGCCUCUCAGGAGGCAGAGACCACGGGCCCGCUGGCCAGCCCAAAGGGAGAGUUUCUGCAGAGCCACUGGGAGGCUCAGAGGGAUGUCCUGGACCAGCUGAGUCUGAAACUGAAGAGCCAGCAGUAUUGCACUGGCACCAUCAGGAGGACUGGGAGGAAGUACGCCCAGAUGUCCAAAUACAACAGUCUGCAGGAGUUUGAGUCUGACUUCCAGGAGCUCUGGGAUUGGCUUAUGGACAUGGACUCUGUGGUGACGGACAGCCACGAGCUGAUGAUGUCAGAGGAGCAGCAGCAGCAUCUCUACAAGGGGAACAGUGUGGAGAUGAGGAUGUGGCUCCCUAAGAAGACACACCUCCUGGGCUGGGCCGAGAGCCUGCGGAGGAGCGGAGCACAGCUGCCCCCAGACUUCCACGAGCGAGUCAAUGCCAUGACACACAAAUGGGACCAGCUACAGAAGAUCCUGGGGGAGUCGGUGGGGAGCACCAGUCAGUCCCAGGAGCCUCGCUCUGCCCUGUCCCCUCACACCAGCAGCCUGCUGGGCCAGCUGGAAAGCAGGAUCAAGGAUCUGAAGGUGUGGCUGAGAGACACCGAGCUCUACAUCUUCAACUCCUGUCUGAGACAGGACACAGAGCAGGACCUGCAGGUUUCCACCCAGCUGCAGCACUUCAAGUCUCUGUGUCUGGAGGUGUGUGGGAGGCGCAAGGGCGUGUCCUCGUUACUGAGGCUGUCCCAGCGGCUGCAGGAGGAGCAGGAGCAGCAGAGCGGUCCAGACUCAGAGCAACAGGCCCUACAGCUGCAGCUGCUGACCGUCAACCUGGAGCGGCGCUGGGAGGCCAUCGUUAUGCAGGUGCUGCAGUGGCAGACACGCCUCCGGCGGGCCCUGGGGACAGAUCAGGUCCCGGGGAACAUCGUAGAGGCUGGUCUCAUGGACCUCCAUGGCCCAGCCGAGGACUCCUGGGAGUGGGAUGAAAUGGACAUGGCCAUCGUGGAGUACAUGGAGCCACAGGAAUUUGAUGACAAACAAAAUGCUGAAUGUGAAUCAGGUCCUGGAUCCCCUGGGGCUGGUUUAGACUAUGACAUGUCCGGGUCGAGCCCGUGUGUCACUCAGCGAGGGAUGUCCUUGAAUGAAUCGUCUAGAAUGACGCCUCUGUCUUCUCACCGUCCCAGUGUCUAUCAGGUGUACAGCCUGCAUAAUGUGCAGCUUUACAGACAGCCUCACUACCCCUCCGUACACAAGACCUCUUCUCCAGCCAAAGCUGGGAGGAAGCAGCCUCUUCUGAAGAGCCUGAGCAAAGACUCCUCCUUCUCAUCUGUGGAAUCCCUGCCAGACCUCCUAGGGGGUCUGUUUGGCGGGGGAAAGCAGGGGGGACGCGGCGGGGGGUCCGCACGCAGAUCAGAGAGUGAGAGCGGGAUAGUCAGUGAGGGCGAGACAGAGUCUACUGCCAACUCCGUGGUCUGUCUAGAUGACCCAUGGAGAGGAGGCAGCACCUACCUCAGACCCCCCCCAGGAGUCAACUCGCCUGGGGAAGACGACGACGAGGGGGACAGGUUGUGUGACGAGGACAUUGACAGGAUCCUAGAGCGGGCCAACAAGGUAGCGCUGUAUGGGGACUGUGUGUCUGUGACGGCGCUGAGAGAUCAAGACCAGAACAGAUGCAAAGCAGAGAAGAAGACGAGAGGCGGAGGAGGAGGAGGAGAGGAGGGAGGUGGAGGAGGAGAGAACCGGAGGAGACACGGGAGAGAGUCCAACGUGGAGAUUCUGAUCAGCCCUGACUCCAAGGAGGAAGAUGAGAGAAGAGUGACAGGGGUGAAGGGCCGUAGAGACAGAGAGAUCCCCCAUCUGUCCCAAGGAUCCUCCCUGGAGUCCCUGUAUGCAGUGGGGGAGCUAUUUCCAUCCGGCAAAGACACUCUGCAGCGCUCCACGUCUCUGGAGAGCUGGCUGGCUCCAUGUAAGAGCUGGGAGGAGGCCGAGGGAGAAGGAGGCAGCCAGGGCAGCUUGAGGGAGCUGGGCCUGGGCACCACAGGGGAACUGAGCCGCAGGACUCUGGAGCUCCUCAAACGCCUGGAGAACAUCCAGACCCCGCUACACGACCUAAAGAUAACACGCAGCAUCUCUGACAUCACUCUGCAGAGCAGCAGCUCCCUGUGCCACCCUGGGGUGGGGUAUGGGUCUUGGGGGCCUGGGCACGCUGGGUGCCUCUCAGGGGGCCGAGGUGGUUCCCCCUCCUCCGUUAAUGAGAGCUCGGCUGCUUCUCUGACAGAGCUGAGCAGCACAGAGGACUCGUCGGUGGGCUCUGAGGACCUGGCCGUACUGAGGAACCGCUGCUACCUGCUGGACUCCAACGCCUCCUUCAGGAAGCACCACCACCGGGCCCAGCCAGGGGGUCACCACGGAGGCCAUGGGGGUCACGACGAGGCAGACGCCAGCAUCAGCAUGGUGGUCAACGUGUCAUGCACCUCUGCCUGCACAGAUGAUGAGGAUGACAGUGACCUUCUGUCUAGCUCCACGCUGACAUUGACUGAAGAGGAGCUGGGUAUCAAGGAGGAUGAGGAGGAGGACAAUGACCUUCUGUCUAGCUCCACGCUGACCCUGACUGAAGAGGAGCUGGGUAUCAAGGAGGAUGAGGAGGAGGACAGGUCAGUCGCCUCCGAGGAGGAGAACAUGGAGGGCUCCUUAGGCCUAGGCAUGGAGUACAUGAAGAACGAGUUCCACAACUGGAUCCACAAUCCAUCCCGCUCCCAGCAGCAGUCCCAAUCUGGCAGGGACAAGAACCAAGGGUAUGACCCUCUAGGGGACGAGCUGCAGUGUGACACCCUAUCCAAAGACUGCACCAACAGGCUGUCUGUAGGCAACGAGCACUGCUCCUUCCUAAACCGCUCAUCGCUGAGGCUCCUGGAGUCCCACAUCAACAGCAACGUGAAGAAAGAGUGUCUUGGAACGCUGCCUGACGUGGUGAACACCAACAGGAAGAACGCCACGCGGAGGUAUAUCAGCCAGUUUGUAGAUGACAUGGAGAACGGGAAUGUGGAAAACUCCCACAUCAAAGGGAAGGAUGAGGAUGAUGAGUUGUUACGAGAGGAGGGGAGCCUUUUCACCAAGAAAGGGGAGUCCUUCAAAAACUGUUAUGUGAAUGAGUCAGUGGUGAAUGGAGGGGACCAGCUGAGGGGCAUGGGAAUGGCCACUGCCACCAAGCCAUCCUCGUGUGAGACGCUGUCCCAGCUCCAGGCCAAGGAGUCCUCUCUAGAGAGCCAGCUCAGAGGGGAAAUCCCCUGCCAGAGCUCCAGCCACUCCUCCCCCUCUCUCUCCCCACUGGAGGACCGCGGUGGCUCCCACCACGCCCUGCAGAAUCCACCUGGAAACAGCAGUCAGGAGAAUCUCUUAUCUUCAUUCUUCUGUGAUGUCCACACCCAGCAGAACAUUGGAGAUGCCAAACGCAUCCCAGACCCCAACCUAGACCAUCCCUGCUGCAGCCACCCCCACCCCCAGGCGCCCCCACGCCAGGACCAAAAGAGCCAGGAGAACGUGCACAACUUUGUGAUGGAGAUCAUCAACAUGGCCUCGGUGGCUCUGAAGAACAAGGAGAGCCAGGCGGAGGACAAAGAAAGACCCGGCCAGACUGGAGCCCAGAUCAGGGACAAAGUCCUGGAGCACUCCCACCGGACCAUCCACCUCCACAAGGGAGACUUCUACUCCUACCUGUCUAUCUCCUCCCACGACUCGGACUGUGGAGAGGUUAGCGCCUGUAUAGACAGCAAGAGCACCACCCCCUUACUGUCGCCUACCCCAGACAUCAGGGACGAGGAGAUGCUGUUCGAGGCCUGUCCUGAGAAAGUGUACCUUGGACCUCCUCUCCGCUACAGCAUGGCUGUCACCAAGAGGCAAAGGAGGCACAGUCCCAAAUUAAUUGACUACUACUCCUCCUCUCCCGCUGCCCAAAGCCAGAGUCCGAGCCAAGCGCCCCUGCCCACCUGCAAUGAAUACCAAGAAGAACAUGGUAUUUCUCCUGGAAGUAUAGCUGGGAGACAGCUACAGUGCCAUAAUGAGGCUUCUUAUCUUAAUCCGUUACCAUGUGAAACUCUGAUAGACACUGUUGAAUGUUUAGCAGAUACUGAAAUGCUUGAAUCUAACAUUUCCCCUGUAAUGACUAAGAUAAGAGUCUCUUGCUCCAGUACAAAUCCUUUAAAAGAGGAAGGCAGCCUCUGUCCCCCAAUAAGAAAGUGUGAUUCAGAUGAAAAAGGAUCUACUUCACAGUGGAUGAAACAGAAGAAUGUCAGGAAAGGCUACAGCUCUCUUCAGGAAGUCAAGUCAACUCAUAAACAGAAGCAGUCUCCAAGGUCAGUCCAAGGUUGUGGGGAGGUCGGGGGCCUGCGCCCCUGGGGUAGUGACCCUGUCUCUGACAACUCAUCUGCUUCAAAGACUGGAACUGCCAGGCCCCAGAGACUGUCUGGGAGUGUAGCCUCAGCCACCUCCAAGGCGCAGCUGUGAGAGAGGAUGGUCCAUGUCUGUGUGCAGUGUCCAUCCUGGUGACCUGUGGCCUGGGCUCUCUCCCCUGUUCCCCUGGUCAAUGGCUCUCUCUAGCCUGCUACUCAAGCUUCCUCUUCUUUCUUCUGGCUACUGUAAUGCUGACCCCUGACCUCUCAGUGACCCGCACCAUCCUCUGCUCCUCCAAUCCGUCCCAGACUGGAACUGAGCUACCUCACUGCUCUGCCACCAACCAUACAAACCUUCACCAAACCAUCACCAAACACACACAGACAGAUACUUCUUCUGUCAGUUUGUAUGGCAUUUCUCACUAUUUCACCAGUACUGUAGAACCAGCUGCAGAUGUUAUAAGCCCAGGACACAAGUGUUCCUUGUUUUCUGCAUCAGUAGAAGGUAAGGUCAAAUUUGAAGAGGACACAUGGAGUGGGCGAGUACUUUGAGAGCUGCUGUUUGGUGAUUAGUUCCAUCCUGUCUGGACAGAACAGCACUGCUGAAAGUUCCAGAGCGUUCUGAGAGUUCCAGCUCCAUGGCAACUUGUGUUAAGAAAGAGAAAGCCAGAGGGAAAAAGAGGGAUUGUUUUGGCACUCAACUGAUGGAGGAAAUGGAAGUUGGAUCUAUGUCAUAAAAGAAAGCCAAAUGCAAGUAGAUCUAUCUAUGCAACACGUCCCAGGUUGGAAACAGCUGAACAGUGUUGUGUAGUAAGAGAUUGAUGAUGACUGUUGACUUAAAUUCAGCAUCUAUCUACUAUUUCCUUUUUUAUUUUUUAUUCCUAAGACAUAAAGGCAGGGUACGACUACGGGGGAAGGUUGUACACUUUAAAAAUGUGUGCCUUGCUGUUGUUAUUUCUUAUACCUUUUUUGUUGAAACACUGCUACCCCAAGUUAGGUGUUCAAAAGAUGUAGAGAAGGGAAACAACAGCAAGGUUGAAACAGGCAUCCGCCUAUAUGUAUACGUUGUCCAACCUUGACGUGUCAUGAUGGUGUACAUGCUUUGUGUUUGUGUGGAAAGUGUUCUGUGAUGUGGAAUACUAUCAGUGUUAAAGUGCUAGACUGCAUGGUUAACAAUACAUAUACAGACAUGUUGAGAAAUAAACUUUAUCUAUUGGAAA